GGCCGCGGUUCCCCGCCCCGCGCCCCGUUCCAGCUCCCAGCGCUGAGGGGGGGAGACGGCCGCGCCGCGCCGGUUCAUGGGGAUCUUCCAGAGUUACAGCCCAGAGACCUCGGAAGAGAAAAACAGUUUCGGGCCAAGCAUGGUAAUGGAUGAGGACAACUUGAUGAUCCCCAUCAAUAAAGAUGCCUAUGAGGUUCUUAAGAAAAGAGAGGACUGUCUAAGCAAUCAUAUCUAUAAAAAGUUUGCUUGUACAUUGACCUUCAAAAGUACAAAGAGCACUGUUGAAGUAUACAGGAAAAAACUAAAGGGAAUUGACAUUUGUGUUUGUAAGGAUGAUCUCACAAGGCACAAGGCUGAUGCUUUGGUGAAUGCAGCCAAUGAAUAUCUAAAUCAUUCAGGAGGCCUUGCUUUAGCCCUUGUGAGUGCUGGAGGGCCAGAAAUACAAGAGCAAAGCAAUCUUUAUAUUCAGAAGUAUGGAAAACUCACAGCUGGUGAAGUAGCAGUGACAGGUGGAGGGAAGCUUCCUUGUAAGAAAAUUAUUCAUGCAGUUGGUCCGAUGUGGACUGUUAGUGAAAAGGAAAGAUGUUGUCACCUACUUCAGAAGGCUAUUGUGAAUGUUCUGAAGUACGUUAGUGCUCCAGAAAAUACUAUAAAGUCUGUGGCUAUACCAGCAGUGAGCUCAGGUAUUUUUGGCUUCCCAGUCAGUUUGUGUGCUCAAGUGAUUGUAAUGACUAUAAAGGAAUUUGUUGAGGCAAGUCCACCAAGCUGUCUCAGUGAAAUCCGCCUGGUGAACAUUUGUGAGCCUACAGUUGCAGAAAUGAAGAAGGCCUGUGAAACGUUUCUGGAUGAUACCAGUUCACUUUCAGCUUUGCCAAGCCAGCCUUCAGCUUUCUUGAUAGAGGGGGGCCUUCGUUUGCGCAUCAUAAAAGGACUCCUAGAAGAGCAGAAGACUACAGCUAUUGUUAAUUCUGUGUCUGUGAAUGGCAAGCCUGAUUCUCCAGUUUCAAAACAACUGCUGCAAAAAGCGGGUCCAGCUCUUCAGGAUGAACUUCAGUUUCGUCAGAGAUAUUCAUCAUUUUAUAAGAAACUCAUAGUAACAGAAGGGUAUAACCUGCCCUGUAAGCUUAUACUGCACAUUAUAUGGCGGCAAGAGAGCCACUGGAUGUUACUGUGUGAGGAAUUAAAAGAUGCAGUGGCAAAGUGCCUGCAUUACCUUCAGGACUGUCAGUCUCCCUCAGUUUCUUUUCCAGGAAAUGGGAGUUGGUCGUUAAUGCUGCCUGUUGAUAUAGUGGCAGCGAUCAUGAUUGAAGAGGUUUUAAGCUUUGCCAGGGCACACCCUGAGAAGAAGAUAGAUGUGCAGUUUGUCUUCUGUCCCGAUGACAAUGAUGCCUAUCAGGUUUUCCAGAGAAAAUUUUACUCAGCAGUACAAAAACUGGAAAAAAAGCAGUAUUACAGUGGAAGUGAUCAUUUGACUACAGGGUCAGGCAGUCAAAGUGUAAAAGAGAGUGCAAAGAGCGAACCAGCUAUUGAACUCAGAGGGAAAACAUACAGAGCAUUGGAAGCAGCAGCAUCAUGGAUACAAAGCAUGGUACAAAUUCAGGAAAGUCACUGUGCUACUAUUGAAAACAACUACAUUUUUAGCCUUGGUAAAAAAGAGUUCGCAGAACUAUCCCGAAAGCAGCGUUCUGACGUAUGUGUGUCAGAAGAAGUGAGAGGUGGAAAAGCCAGACUGGAAUUUCAGGGCCCUCCUGAUGCCGUGAUUGAUGCAGUGCUCGCAACUGAAAAAUUACUACUUCGUAUGCAAGAGAAGAGUACAGCUGAACAACAACUGCUGUGUUUAAUGAGCCAACCAGAAGGUCAGCUUUCAGAAAGACACCUUCACAAGACAGAUAUGACUAAAUGUGUCCAGAUUUCACUGGUGGAAUCACACCUUCAGGAGUUUAAAGACAGACAGAAACAGUUUGAAAGAGCUGGGCUUCAUGUUCUCAAGAUUGAAAAGAUACAUAAUCCUCUCUUACACGCUGCGUUCCAACAAAUGAAAAAAAAAAUAGAAGAAAAACAAGGUACAUCCAAAAUAACCCACAAGUUGUACCAGUGUGUUCCUGCUCACUUCUGUAGCUCCGUAUGCCAAUCUGGAUUUCACAGGAUGUACUCUCCACCAACAGAACAAAAAUACGGAGCUGGCAUCUACUUUACAAGGAACCCGAGAAGCCUAAUCAAGGGUAAAGACACGUGGGAAACAGACUCUAAAAUGUACGUGUUUGAGGCUGAUGUAUUAACAGGCUUAUUCACUAAAGGCGAACAGUCUUACCUCGUUCCACCAGCAGUGCAAGGGGAUGCCACUAAGGUAUAUGACAGCUUAGUAGAUGAUGUAAACAAUCCUGACACCUUUGUCAUUUGCAAUAGUGUUGGGGCCCUUCCACAGUAUUUGUUGACUUGUUCACAAGUGAGGGAGGGGUAUAUGGCGUUCUGAGGAAACCAGCAGCAUAUUAGUUAGAACUGAAGCUAUUGUGAAGACCUCUUCAGAACAAAGCCUAAUACUUAGAGGAUGCUCUACCUAGUAACACAUUGUGAUCAAAGUGCCUUGUGCAAAGUGCUCUGAAAUAUCCGUGAACAAAAAAAAGUCAGUCAAUACCUUAAGGAGAUUAGAAUAAAAUUACCUGUGAAUGGAAACAGAAGGGAAAGCAUCACAAAAUACAGUUUAACAUUUAUCUCUUCAUUUACUUUCUGCCUUAAAGAGUUCUGAGCAUGUGACUAUAUACUUGUUGCUUGCAUAGGCUGUCAUUCUUCCAUUAAAUUUUCUUAAUCUGAGAUACUGCAUGUAUUAGUGAAACGCAAGAAACCAUGGUUGUGCCUUCGAUUCUUAAAUCUUCUUUUGACUUAAAUAGAUUAAUGUAUCGGGUGAAAGCUGUUUCCCACUUAGGGACAUGCUCUUAAAUACACAGUUACAACAACUUUGACGCAAUACUCAAUGCUUUCUAACAGUAGUUGCUGUAAGAGUUUUUAUUAGUUAAGAUACUUCAAGCAUUGUAGAUGUGUAUAUUCAAAAUAAAAACAAUGAACAACA